AAAGCCAAAUAAUUUCUUUUUGUUUUGGACAGAAUCUUCGCUCAUCAAUCAAAUUAAUGAUGGCCUAUGUUGCAUUCAUCAGAUUGAUGAUUAUCACAUUUAUUAAUUAUAAUAAUUAUCAUUAUUGUCAAUCAACCACAAUCAACAAGGCCAAAAAUGUAUCUCUAUUUAAUGAUCAAGAUGAUCAUCAUCAUCAUCUCGAUGUUUUGUAUCUUAGCAAACAGACAAAUGAACGUUUCCAUUCGAAUGAUUCGAUACCGACAAAUUUGAAUGAAAAUUUUCAGGAUUUUUCCAUAACUUUCGAAAAAAAUCAACUCGACGAAAGACAACGGCAGCAACAGUCAUCAUCAUCAUCAUUACCUCAAUCACCUCUUUUCUAUGAUGAUAAUAUUAAAGAAGAAUCAUCAGUUCCUUACACAGCUGCAUUAGCUCCAAAAACUAAUUUCUUAUCGAAAUCGAUUAUGAUCGAUAAACAAUCGAGCAACAACCGCUCAUAUGUUCCAGUUGAUGAUCAAGACAAUGAUGAUGAUGAUAUUGUACUACCGGCACCGGUUUUCAUACCCACACAAUCCAAUGAUUUCAAAUCAACUACAUCGCCUUCAGUAUCAACAACAACCAAACGAAGACGACGAAAGAAAAAGAAACGUCAACGAAAAUUAUCCAAUAACAAUGCCACAUUAUCAUCAUCAUCAUCUUCGUCUUCUUCGAAACACAAAUAUGGACGACGAACAACUAAGCCACCACGACUAUCAUCAACAACAACGUUAUCGUUGAAUGAUUUCAAUGUUGACCACAGUUCAAUGUCUCAGGCAAAUACAACAUCAUCAUUGAACAAUGGUAAUGACAGGAAUCAAAUUGUUAACAAUUAUGUACCGUCUUUAUCAUCGUUAUCAUCGUCAAUGAGUAAUAAGGUUAAAAACAAUCAAACAAUAGCCAUGAUUGCAUUAGAAACGACCAUCAACGAAAAUCCACCAGAAUCAAUUGAUGUUGAUUAUAUGGACAAUACGGAUGAUUCGACAAAAUCAAUGCCAAUAGCAAAGAGCAAUCAUAGUGAUAACCAUAGUAGUAGUAAUAGAAAUAAUCACUAUAUUUCCAGUCUUAACGAUGAUGAGUUUGAUGAUUAUCUAAUGAUGAUGAUGAUGCCCGCUGAAAGUCAACGUAUCGAAACAGUGGCUAAACCUGACCGUCCCGAAACAAGUGCAGCAUCUUAUUCACCACAAAGCAUAGAUAUUAAAUCAAUAUUUGGCAACUAUAAAAGUCCUGAAUUAACAAUCGAUCCAUUCAAAUUGUAUGAAGAUGCAAGUCAAGCGAAUGACAAAAAUAAUGGAGCCACAACAGCAGAUGAACGCAGCAAAUAUUCCGAAAUUGUAAGCCAAAUGUUCGAUGAUAAAGAUGGUGUGGAUCGUGUGAUUGUUGAACGGAGACCAGUAGCAAUGGCAUCACCAUCCUUACCAUCAUCAUCAUCAUCGGCAUCAUCUGUCAAGGGUAUGUAGUAUUUUUGGUUGUUUUGUGUGGAUUCACAAUUGUGAUGGGCAGCCAGAAAUCGAAACGAA